AUGGUGAAGAGAUACGGCCCUGAGGGAGCUGUGAAGAUCACACUGAACACAAUGAGGAAGAUGGACCUGGGGGAUCUUGCUGAGAAGUUAGAGAGUGAUCACAGAGUCCUCCAGGCCACCCAAAAAACGUUGAAGGAAAUGCCAAGUUCCACAUCUCAUAGUCCUCCUAGAACCCCAGAUUCUCCUCUUCUCCUGGAACCCAAUGAUCCCAUUGUUGGACAGGCCUUCACCUUGCCAUCAGCGACUGAUGGGACAAUGGAAGAAGAGAGCCAGGACUGUGUCAGAGUGCAUCUGUCUGACAGCUUACCUGAGGCCAUGGACGAGUUAAACAUGACAGAAUGUAGAGUAGUGGACCAGAGCCUGUGUACUACUGACCCUCGCAUGAGGUCUCCUGAAAACUUUGAACCAGAAAUCUACGAUCAUGAGGGCAAUGGAGCAUACAGGUUCCAGUGCCCCAGUGCAGGUCUGUUCCAGUGCAGUAUAACAGGCCUGGUGUUUAGGAUGGAGGGAGAGGGAGAGGUGCUCUAUAGGACAGUCCCCUGGAACAGGAGGCUUCUAGCCCAGAGAGGCAAGAGACCUGCAGGACCCCUGUUCAACAUCGACUGCCCUCAGAAGUCUGUCUGCCAACUACACCUCCCACACUGUCAGAUUCAUUCUGAGGGUGGAUGUGACUUCCUGUCUGUAGCCCAUGUGACUGAUGAUGACAAAGUGGAGUUUAUCCAUCCUCUUGAGAUAACAGAUACACAUGUCAUAAUAAACAUCACUGGAUUCUCUGCUUAUGGUGAUGUCACGGAUGAUGAUGCUCCCAUCUCCCCUAUCCACGGGCUUGUGUUGUUAUUCCACCAACUGUUUGUCCCUGAAGAGAGGUCCAUCCUGAAUGUGUUGUUGCUUCCCAGAAAUGUUGUGAUCAGGGAGGUGCAGGAUGUGAGGAAGACAAGGAAUGGAUACAAAGAGACCUUGAUUGAAACAACUCCUCACUGCAAUCUAACCCCGAACAAAACAUAUAUCCUCUCCACAAAUAUUACACAUGGAUACAGGAUCAACCCAACAGUAAUAUCUAUAAGCCAUAAAGAGAUUCCAACUUUAGAUAUUUAUUUAGCUGUGACCUCAGUAUAUUCACAUUACAUGUAAGAUCGUAGAUACUGACUCUUGCUUUUUGUG